GAUCGCGUAAAUUGAAAAUUAGAUAACUCGCCUCGGGAGAAUGGUAGCUUAUCACGAGGAGGAUAAUGUAAGGCGAUAUAGAUAAACUUGGAUAGGUGCCGUUCGAUAAAGUUCCUGUUCUUAUCAAUGCGACGGAGAUAUUACGUUUUCCGAUCCGCGCGACAUCUUCGCUAGCCACAUUAAUUAACUAUUCGCCCGAUUACCAUGUAUGUUCUUCAUAUUCUACCGAGUCUAUAGAUCAUCUUGAAUUAGAAUCAGAGAAAAUUUUUGGAAGCACGAAUAGGCAUAGUACAGAACUUGUACGGAGAGAUAUCUCGUUUCUUUCGGGUUUCGUCCGAUUGAAAAGUCUGCGCCGGAAAUACUAUUUCACUGGCAACGUGGGGUUUCUCAUCGGUUCUUCGGUAGAUCCGGCAACAGUGUCGCCAAGCCUCUGCUAACCUAAAGCCAGCCGACACAAUGUCUGUGGACAAGGAGGAAUUGGUACAGCGUGCAAAGCUUGCCGAGCAGGCGGAAAGGUACGAUGAUAUGGCAGCCGCGAUGAAAGCAGUCACGGAAACGGGAGUCGAGUUGUCGAACGAAGAAAGGAACCUGCUGUCAGUAGCGUACAAGAAUGUAGUUGGCGCAAGACGUAGCUCGUGGAGGGUAAUAUCCUCUAUCGAGCAGAAAACCGAAGGUUCCGAGCGCAAGCAGCAGAUGGCCAAGGAAUACCGGGAAAAGGUUGAAAAGGAGCUUCGCGAAAUCUGUUACGACGUAUUGGGACUCCUUGAUAAGUACCUGAUCCCCAAGGCUAGUAACGCCGAGAGUAAAGUAUUCUACCUCAAGAUGAAGGGCGACUACUACAGGUACCUCGCAGAAGUUGCCACCGGAGAAACCAGAAACGCGGUAGUCGAGGAUUCGCAGAAAGCGUAUCAAGAAGCGUUUGACAUAGCAAAGGCAAAGAUGCAGCCCACGCAUCCCAUUAGGCUCGGUCUCGCUCUCAACUUCUCCGUUUUUUAUUACGAGAUCAUCAACUCACCAGACAAGGCGUGUCAGUUGGCCAAACAGGCCUUUGACGACGCGAUUGCAGAGUUAGACACACUUAACGAAGACAGCUAUAAAGAUUCUACGCUAAUUAUGCAGCUUUUGCGCGACAACCUUACUCUCUGGACCAGUGACACGCAGGGUGACGCGGACGAAGCACAGGAGGGCGGAGAUAACUAACCUUCCUAAGCUUAAGUCCUUUCUAAACCUAAUAAGAACAUCCUAUUCUCUAUCGCCCCCUAACUCCCCGUCCCUUGAAAUGCUCACCCAUCCAUCCAUCCGAGAUCGAUUUAUCCAUUAGCCUGUCCCUCUCGCCCCCUCGCGUACCUCGUUUCCUUCUUCCUUCCUACCUUCUUUCUUCCUCCGACCCACCCGUACCGUUUCUUUUUCUCCAUUCCAUUUCCCUAGAACUGUCGCAAUUUCUGUCUUGAAAAAAUUUUCAUCGACGACCCAAACCCGUUCCUCCCCACGUUCCCCUUCUUAUUCCCUUCCCUUUCCUUUCUUUCUUCCACAUUUCGUAAGAUCACCGUCAUUCUUUCCGCGAUCCUUGUUUCCUUAAUCUCCUUGAGAAUCGUCACCUCUUUGUUCUGUGACACCGCGCACCGCUGCCAAUGCCACCGCCACAGCUGUUACGCCCAGUUCGAACACGAGGAUCCUCGCACUCGACCGUGUCCUUUCCUGAAGGAUCGAUCCGCGUGCUGAUCGUUGCUGAUGUGUACACGUCGGCACGAUAUAUCCAAAGUCAACUGAAUCGUUUUGACUCCGAAGGGGGCAGAGAGAGACAGAAAAUUCUCGAUCUUUCAGAGAGAGGGGAAGAGCGACGGGUGAAGAAGAAAAGUAAGAGAAUAUCGGAGGACAUUGCGUGGCGCUAUACACUUAACAGCCCCUUGAUGAAAGGUAGCGGUCGAGUGAUGAGAAUUGCUCGGUCUCUGGCAUCAUCAAAUUUGUUCGAGGAAAGCGUAUCGACUUGUGUUUGUGUGGAAGAACAGGAAGGAACAAAUCGUGGAUGAACAGAGGAAUGGACAGGAAAGAGAGUAUUCGUUUCGCAAACCCUGUCUCUUCGUACAACGUUAUCUAUCAAGGGAAACACUUACAAUUCGUGCAGGGCAAGAGUGUACAUGUGUAUAAAGAAGAGGCAAUCGAUAGUAGAUAUGAAUCUGCAACCUAUCGAGGCAAAAUGUUCGAUGUACUAGUCGUUGAGAGGUCUGUAGAAACAUAAACGCGACGAUUCCACCGUUGUGGGAUGAGACACGGGAUGCGAAAAAAACACAACCACGUAAAAGGAAAAGAUAAAAAAACCACUGUCAUUACUCUCAGAUCUGCUCACUUAUUUACCAUUUCUAAAAUAUUCGCUAAACAAAACAGAAAUUCGAUAAAAAAUCAAGUCAAAAGAAAACAAGCACGCAUGAAUCUAACUACAUUAUAUCCAGCUGUCAUUAAAUUAAAUUUCACAUUGUCUAGCAAGUACGAUAAUUAUUAUAUGAAGGGAAGAACGCAGGAGGAGAAAGAAGAAAAAAUACAUUAAGUUAUUAAGUUCCAAAAUAA